AUGAGCAGAAAUCAGUAUAUUUGUGCCACAGAUAAUUCUUUGUCCGAACAGGAAGCAUUUAGACCUCUUAUAUCUCGUAUUAAUCAGUUUGUUAGAAGUAGAGGAAUCGAUUUGUAUGAGUGUUAUAAGGACUUUGAUCAACUAAAUUCUGGAAGAGUUGGUGAAAGCCAGGUAAGGUGUGGGUUUAAUAAGAUUUUUAAGUUUUAUCGGAGCUUUCCCGGUCCACCCGACAUUAAUGAUGCUGAAAUAUGCGCUCUUGCGAAGAGGUACUCAGUUCCAAAUCAUCCUGGAAUGGUUAAUUAUCGACAAUUCGCAAGUGACGUUGCUGAAAUUAACAUUGGGGAAGAAAUAGCGAAGCACGGAAUCCCCAACAGGGAAGAAAUUUCUGAUGUCCAACAACCUGAAAAAAAGGACCUUCAGACACCAUCAGUCCACCAAGUGUUAGAGCGCAUCGGUUUUGAAGCUUACAGACGUGGGGUUCGCGUGAAGGAUUUUUUCAUCGACUUUGAUCCUUUGAGGCAUGACGAAGUCACGGAAAAUCAAUUCAAAUUGGCUCUAGAUAGAGCACUUGGAGGGGAAAUUCAGCCAACGGACGCCCAAAAACUUGUCAAUUUCUUCCGUUCCAAGAAAAAUAUGGAUAUGAUUGCAUAUCGUCAGUUUUGCCGCGAAGUGGACUUUCAUUUUCAGGAAAUGGAUUUGGAAAAGCGACCUCUUGUGCAGCCACGUAGGCCCUACCCUGGAGCUCUUUCUCGACCAUUACCACUAUUGGGCGAAGAGGAACGAAUGAAGGUGUCGGGAGUUAUUACCAGAUUGCGGGAAAAAGUUAGCAGAGAAAGGAUUCCUACGUAUCAAUACUUCCGCGAUUAUGAUGCUAGUACCUCACUGUCCCGGAAGAUAACCCCCUCACAAUUAGCCCGCCUUCUGCAUUUCCUUAAACUGGAAGUCUCUCCGGAGGAAUGUCGUUUACUAAGCCUUAAGUUUGCCGACCCAACCGCUAACUACGUGAACUACGCAGCACUCUGCGAAGCUAUCGACCCUUUCUACAAGGCAGCAGCUCCAGUACCACAAGCCAUCGAGGACCCACCACCUCUUCCACCGAAGCCUAAAUUCGGUGAAGCCCCAAAAACUCCCCAGGGUACGGACUGGUCAGCGCUCUCGACGCCGAUGACGACUUCAGCUGGAGACAAGGUCCCGGUAGAUUUAUUGAUGACGCGGAUCCGUCAUAUCGUGCUGGUGAAUCGCAUCCAAUUGAAUGGGUUCUUUGAGGACUUUGAUCCGCUGCAUAGCGGACGUGUCAGUAGGUCGCAGUUCGCCCGGGCGCUUUCAGGUGCCGGGGUAACCCGCAUUGGUCUGCAUGACCUCACACCUGUCCAGUUGGACAAACUGGCCGACGCCUAUGUUUGGCCAAACGAUGCCUCCAGAGUGGAUUGGCGAAAGUUUGUUUAUGAUGUCAAUACAGUCUUUACACUGCCCGAAAUCGAGCAGAAUCCACGAUGCCGUGUUUUGCCGUUGUCGGUGCAUGUGGUUCCUAAACCGGGGACGGGGAAUUGGGACUCGGCGACGGACGAAAUGAAGGACCGCUAUGAAUGCGCUAUGCAGAAUCUGCGUCGAAGCCUCCUCGAACGUCGUGUAGAUAUGAAACCGGAGUUUAAGGCCUUUGCCAAAGUUAACAGAGGCCAUGUGAGUCUGUACAACCUCAAGCAAAUCAUUUCAAGCCUCAAAUUUCACAUUCCCGAUGAUCAACUCGACGCAGUCGCCGCAAAAUAUGCCGAUGAUGAAGGAUUUAACUAUUGGAGAUUCUUAACAGACCUAGAACCGCCCUCUAAGGAGUCGCUGCACUAUGAGUAUCCACAUCGAAUCGCUCGGAUGCGUGAGGCAUUCAACAAAACCGGGAAGCCAGUGGAAGCUGAACCGGUCAUUAGUGAUGUGGAGGGAAUCAUGGACUACAUCAAGCGUGAGGUCUACCAGCAGCGCAUUCGUCUGUCCGAGUGGUUCCGCGAUUAUGAUCCUCUGAGGCGUGGGCACAUCUCGCGACAGCGAUUUCGCAGAGCCUUAUCCCUCCUCCCGAUUCCGCUCAAAGAGACAGAACUAAGCUGCAUUGAAAGCUAUUUUAAAACAAAUGAUGCAAAUGAAAUACGGUGGAAGGACUUUUGUGAGGAAAUAGAGCGAAUAUUUGCUACACCUUAUCUUGAAAAAGACCCCUUGAAAGAAGCCGAAGUCUACACGUUGGAGCCUGAGGUCUCAAGAAAUUGUCUGCCCAUUGAAAUGAGCGAGGCUGCUGAUCAAGCGAUGCGGAAAAUCAGCAAGAUGGUUCGUACUAAAAGAACCCAACUGACCCAGUGGUUCAGUGACUUCGACAAGACCCAUCGAAUGACCCUGAGUGAGAGUCAAUUCCAAAGGGUUUUGACCAACCUCGGUGUUGCCACUGGCAUCUCCAAGGAGGAGUGGAACGCUCUCAGUGCACGCUAUCGACAUCCAAUCGGUCGCAUCGACGAUAUUAACUAUCUUGCUUUUUCUGAUGACAUUUAUAAACUUGCAGGAAUGGAGCACCGGACACCCUAG